AUGAACACAAACGAAGACGUUGUAAUGAAUAGUAUCAACCAAACAUUGAUGACCCACUCAGAAGCUUUCGGAAUCAUCUUUAAACAUAUUGAGAAUUUCUCAAAAACAUUGGACGGAUUAUCUAACCACAUCAAUAAUCGGAAACAAAAGGUAAAGUCAGUUAAAUUAGUCUCCGACAGCAACCAACCAAUUAAACCUAAACAACCUCUUCCUCCAAAAACAACACUCAUAGAACAAACUCCAUCCCCUGCACAUCCUUAUCGAACUGAUGGACCAUCAAACCAAAUAUCUAAAAUCAAAAAUAUUACACAUCCAACAAACAAAUCGAAAAUCAACAAUCAAAAUAAGACAACAAACUUCAUCACCAACACAAACCUCACCAAACCAAUUGAAACAAGCACAAACCUCAUCAAACCAAUUGAAACAACUUCAAAGCCCCAAAGUCAACCCCAGCUUCAAUCUAAGAGCCCACCUAUCAACACCAGCUUCAACCUGAAUGAAUCGCAAUCGUCAUACUUGCAAAUAGCCAAGACAGCCAAGAACAUUACAUUUGAUCCAACAAAAAAAACUCCGCAAAUCAAAUCCUACAAUACAACAACAACCAUGUACCCUCCUGCUAAAAGAGCUAAAACAAUUAACUAUUCUCACUGUGUAUCUAUUUACCUCAGUAAGCAUAUCGACUCAGACAUCACUGAAUUUAUUACAGAUGCAGUCAAAGAAAAACUUACAUCAUGGUACAUACCUAACGACAAGACGCACGUACUCCAACUUGUCUGUAACAAUCAUGAAGAUUAUGUAUCAACCUUGGGAAUUUUAAACUCACAAUCAACAAGAGACUCCAGUCCAUUCAAAUACGUUGUGACUCCUAUGAAUUUCUCACCAGCUGAACACACCCUCAAAUAUCAUACUUCAUCAUAUGACGAGAUGAUGAAGUAUACUACACACAUUAUCAAAAAUUUUUGGAAAAGAACUAAUGGAGUUAAAGAAACUAAUACCAGUUAUGACAGAGUCCAAAAGCUUUAUAAAAUCAGAAUAGCAGUUGAAUCUCUUGAAGAUAAAGAAUAUUUUAUGGCAAGGAAAUAUUCUGAAUACCGAUCCAUUGACCAGAUCAUAACAGAAUCUAAGCUUAACUGCUCUUGCAAUUUUUCAUCCCUCUACACAGAGAAAGAUAUCAAAACUGCGAUACAAAAGAUGGUGGAAAAAAGCAACUGUGUCUUCCAAUCAAACCACUUAGAGAUUAUUAACAAACCUAGCCCAUAUCGCCCUGGAGAGCAUUAUUAUAUAGCCAAUUACAAAGCAACUAAUGUUGCAGAAUUGGAAAAAAUUACAAAAUUCCCAACAAGUAUCACUCCACCAAAUGGCACAAAACCAACCUCAAAAAAACUCAUAUCUACAACCAAAUAUUUGGUAGAAAAAUUCAAAAACAACAAGAAAACGAAGUGA